AUGAGCAGCCAAAUGUUCAUGAAGUGGAAGACUUUUCUGGUUGGACUCAUUAGAAUGAGAGGGAAGUCCACCCUGAAACAGACACACGGAUGCUCGAAAUCGACUUCGUCCAGGAUAUUCAACGUCUUGUAUCGCCUCCUACUCCUUGCAUCCGUGUGCUAUUUCGUUUGGGCGUGGCGAGCGAGCGAGGAGGAGGUGUUGGAGUCUGCAAAAGCGAACGUGGAAAGAAGAAAGGAGAACCGUAAGGUCAUCCUUCUCUACGAUCCCCUCUACGGGUCCUGGGAAGCCUGGAAGCGUGGGUGGAGAUGGACCGAAGAUCAGCGCUGCCACGGGCCGGACGGGAAACUCACCAUACGUUGCAUCGUUCACUUUGGGAACCGCUCGGCCCUGUCGGAAGCCGAUCUCGUCAUCUUUUCCUGGUUCGGAAGAGACCGAAGUCCGGGUACUCCGGUACCCAGGAAAAGGGACGGUCAGAUUUGGGCUCUGGCCUCGAUGGAGCCCCCCAUCCCGAGGCCGGAACUGAAGAUGCCCAUCGACUGGGUCAUCACGUACGAAUCGGAUGCCGACGUCAGCGUGCUGUACGGAAGAAUCACAAAAAGGGCGCUUCAGUUCCCUUGGAUUCCCGUGGUUUUGGGUGGUGCGAAUUACUCGUCGAUCGCGCCACCGAAAUCCUGUAUCGACGUGAUGGAAUUCCCGUCGGUUCGAAGCCUGGCGGAUCACCUCAAGUACCUGGAUGGGAACGAAUCUGCGUACCGGGAGUAUUUCCUGUGGAAGUCCCACCACGUUGUGGAAUUCGGGACGGACCGCGCGUGCGACGUGUGCAGGCACCUUCACGCGGCGGAUCCGCCGAUGGGAAGGGAAGUCGUGGAUCUCCAAAAAUUCUCCAAACAGAAAAGCAGCCAAAUGUUCAUGAAGUGGAAGACUUUUCUGGUUGGACUCAUUAGAAUGAGAGGGAAGUCCACCCUGAAACAGACACACGGAUGCUCGAAAUCGACUUCGUCCAGGAUAUUCAACGUCUUGUAUCGCCUCCUACUCCUUGCAUCCGUGUGCUAUUUCGUUUGGGCGUGGCUCGCGAGCGAGGAGGAGGUGUUGGAGUCAGCAAAAGCGAACGUGGAAAGAAGAAAGGAGAACCGUAAGGUCAUCCUUCUCUACGAUCCCCUCUACGGGUCCUGGGAAGCCUGGAAGCGUGGGUGGAGAUGGACCGAAGAUCAGCGCUGCCACGGGCCGGACGGGAAACUCACCAUACGUUGCAUCGUUCACUUUGGGAACCGCUCGGCCCUGUCGGAAGCCGAUCUCGUCAUCUUUUCCUGGUUCGGAAGAGACCGAAGUCCGGGUUCUCCGGAAAAGGGACGCUCAGAUUUGGGCUCNGUACCCAGGAAAAGGGACGCUCAGAUUUGGGCUCUGGCCUCGAUGGAGCCCCCCAUCGCCAGACCGGAACUGAAGAUGCCCAUCGACUGGGUCAUCACGUACGAAUCGGAUGCCGACGUCAGCGUGCAGUACGGAAGAAUCACCGAAAGGUCGGUCGCCGUUCCUCAUUCCAUCGGAUAUUCACCUGCGAGGAAUUGCAGUGUGGCACUCGUUAGUCACUGCGGUGCGAGUAGUAGACGAGACGAUCUCAUCCGAAAUCUGCAGAAAGAGAACGUCUCCAUCGACGUGUACGGAAAAUGCGGAGAGAAGAAAUUGCCCGGUUAUUUCUCUGAAGGAUACGAAUAUUUGAGCAAGAGGUACACAUUUUUCUUCGGGUUCGAAAAUUCCAUCUGCAAGGAUUACGUGACGGAGAAGUUGUUCAGGGCGCUUCAGUUCCCUUGGAUUCCCGUGGUUUUGGGUGGUGCGAAUUACUCGUCGAUCGCGCCACCGAAAUCCUGUAUCGACGUGAUGGAAUUCCCGUCGGUUCGAAGCCUGGCGGAUCACCUCAAGUACCUGGACGGGAACGAAUCCGCGUACCGGGAGUAUUUCCUGUGGAAGUCCGAGCACGAAGUGGAAUUCGGGAAGGACAGCGCGUGCGACGUGUGCAGGCACCUUCACGCGGCGGAUCCGCCGAUGGGAAGGGGAGUCGUGGAUCUCCAAAAAUUCGCCAAACAGAAAAGGUGUUUCUUUCCAAAUUCUUCUCGAGGGAUUUUUAAUUCCAGUUUCAAUAUCCAAUCGUAA